UUCUUUCUCCAUUUUUUUUUUUUUUUUUUUUUUUUUUAUAUAUAUACAUACACAUAAAAAAUGACGAGAAAUUCAGCUGCGUUAGAGGAGCAUACCAGUGCAUGGUCAAAAGCACGUCGUUCCAACAUUGGCGUGGCCUCGGUGGUUGCCCUUACAUUAUUUACUGACAUGCUCGUCUAUGGCGUUGUUAUACCUUGUUUACCUAUUCUUGUCAUUGAUCGAUUAAAGGGAGAUUCCACCAUGGUUGGAUUUUUAUUUGGAUGUUACGCGUUUGGUUUACUUUUAGCAACUCCUGUGUUUGCAAUCUUAUCAGACCGUUAUCAAAAUAGAAGAUAUCCGAUGAUGGGUGGCAUGUUAGGAUUAGUUGUUUCAACACUCGCCUUUGCCGUUGCAGAUACCUAUCCCUUAUUAGUUUUAGCUCGUGUUGCUCAAGGUGUUGCGGGUGGUGCCUCUUGGACGAUUGGUUUAGGAUUGUUAGCAGAUGUAUUCCCCACAAAGAGUUUAGGCGUCGUUAUGGGAACUGUGUUAACAUCGCAUACGGUGGGUUUCGCUAUUGGUCCUGCAGUAGGAGGAUUUCUUUAUGAGUAUGGAGGAUUCGCUGCUCCCUUUCUCUUUUGUGCUGCCUUUGCCGUGCUCAACUUUUUCGCCAUUGUUUGGUUGGCGGAGCCCAAACAUGAACAUAUCGAGGAAACCUCAGAUCACGUCUCGCGCGCUCAAGAAGACAUCGAGGAUGAAAGUACCCCUUUAAUCAACUCUAAAAAACCCAAAGUAAAGCUCACCAUGAUCAGUCUUCUCAAAAAUUGGCGUAUCCUGUCCUGUGUCUUGUGUGUCACCGUCAGUGCUUCCGUUUUCGCUGGUAUCGAGCCUGCCUUACCCAUUCAUUUACAAGAUAAUUUCAAUGCAUCCGCAUCUACCAUUGGUCUGAUUUUUGUUGCCAUGGUCAUUCCUGCUUUCCUUGCUCCUGUCAUCGGUCACAUUUCUGACAAGAUUGGUAGACAAGCAAUUAUUGCUACAGGUAUGGUCUUAAUGGCUGUUGCUUCACCUUUAGUAGCCCUCAACUAUUCAUCCAUCUACUACAUUAUUCCUCCUCUUAUGGUAUUCGGACUUUCCAGUCCUGUCACACUGACACCUAUUCUUCCAGAAAUGGGAGAAACUGUGCAUGAAAUGGGUGGCGCUGCCUAUGCUCAAGUGUAUGCAUUAUACAAUAUGGCGUAUUCGAUUGGUAUGUUUGUUGGUCCUGUUGUUGCAGGAUUGAUCAUGUCUGCUUCUGGUUUUGAGACAUUGAUGAUUGUAUUUGCUACCGCUCUUCUUCUCUGUUCUCCCAUCAUGUUGAAUUGGGCUGCCGUCUAUAGAAAGGUCAUUUCAUUCUUUUCCAAGUAACCCAUCUUUAAAAAACAGAAAAACCAAAUAAAUAAACAAAUGUACAUACUAUUAUUAU